AAGAACAUGUUUCACACAAUGUAAAGCAGCACUUCUUCAUAAUGCACAGACAUAUAGUGCAGAUCUAGAAGAAUAUCAACACUCAGAUCAGAGGAAGUUAAAACCACAGGAGGAGCUGAGAGUAUUUAAAGAAAGAGUUGAGAGCAAAUAAUGAAGAGAAAGAGAAAAUGUCUGAGUGUCAUCUGUGUCUGCUGGGACUGAUCGCUCUCUCUUCACUUCUCACAGGUAUCAGUGGAGAGGAUGAUGUUCAUGUGUUCAUCAGAUCUGGUGAAGAUGUCCGUCUGCCCUGUAAUAAUGCUCUUCAUAAUGCUCUUCAGGACUGCACAUCAACUACAUGGAGCUAUAACAGACAUUCAGCAGUAGUUGAACUGAUUACUUUAGGGAUAAAGAAGAAAGACACAGAGAGACAUGAGAGACUGAGUCUGGAGUCUAACUGCUCUCUGAACAUCAGGAACAUCUCAACAGAAGAUUAUGGAUCUUACACCUGCCAACAAUGGACUGGUGUGGGAGGACCACGACUAAAACCUGAUACUCGUGUUUAUCUGCAUGUUCUUCAUGUCUCAUCCUCACAGACUCAGAUCAGUUCAGAUCUCUCUGUGUCUCUCUCCUGUCAGCUGUAUUCAUAUCCUCGACUCUCUUGUGAUGAAUGGAUCCGUUAUGAGAGGAUUCAUCUGUUCUGGGUGAAUCAGGCUGGUGUUAAACUGAAUAGAUCAGACUCCAGAUAUCAGAAAUCAUCCUCAUCAGAUCCCUGUAUCAUCUCUCUGACUACAACACUCCUGAAUGAAGAUCACAACAGAGAGUGGAGAUGUGAAGUUACUCAGAGAGAUCAAGUCAAGAAGAGUUCAGGUGAGAAAACAUCUCCUCUAUCAGUGUUAGACUCAUAAUGUUAAUAUUAAAGACUGUUUGUGCCAAAAACUGAGGAACAAAAGCUUCUUUCAGUCUGACAGAAGAAACUCAAAGCACUUCUGCAAACUAAUGAACUGUAGUCGAGUUUAACAGCUCAAGAACUGCUGCUG